ACACAUUAACUAGCACUGGCAACAGAUUUUCGGGAAAAAAGGACACAAUACUGAGAGGGAAUGGGUGAGCCCUUCUUUGUUUUCGGUUGUAAAAGCUUGUUUGUGAGAACACCAGUCGCUGGCAUAUGGGAGCAAGUAAAACAUGAGUUUGAGUGGCAGCUAUGUCUCGAAAGUACAGGCCACGACCCAGCAGAGUCAGAUGAACUGUUUGAGCAAUAUUCUUAUAUUUCUGAGCAGUUUGGGGCAAGUUACUUGAUAAAAAAGAGGGGACAAGAGAAAAGUAAUCACAUGACUUUACUAAUAACUCUACAGCAAAAGUAAGGUUUAUCAUUAUUCAUUACUUUACUCCGACAGUUCCGACAAAAGCGAAAUAUUCUUCUUUUUUUUCACGCCGUGAAAGUCAUGUUAAUGUAACGAUCACAGAGAGCGACUCUCUUCGCUACAGACCGGAGCUACUGAGUCGCAGGCUCUCAGCGAUUGUUGCCCGUUGCCUCGGGGGCUCGAACAUGAGGCCGAGCGUCGCUUUCCCUCUCACAAGGCUCGCUCACUGCUCCUCAAGUCUAAGGCAAGACGCUGCGAUAGCCUUUUGCACAUCACAUGGCACGUCGAACAUUUCGCAGUUUCACACACCAUCACACACCAUCACACUGUGGCUGUGAGCUGCAACGAACAGGAAAGAAGGCGCACUUGUCAACGCGGUGAUAAUGUUGCCGGAAGACAAAAGGCCUCGAGCUGGAUAUUCCACUAAUCCCAAUCAACUGGAGAAACUGACUUUCUAUUUCAUAAGUGAGAGUGGAAAUGAUCUGCACUCAGCUCGCAGUAACUCUAAAUACAAAUCUAAGAGGCCAAGUUUAGAAAAAAACAGUUUUUUUUUUUUUUACAUAACUUAUUCAGUCUAUUAAGCGAGUGGUCCAGUUAUCAGAUUUGAAAAUGCACUCGUGACUCGUCAGCGGAUUAUAAAAUGUUUACACUUCGUCACCUGUUAGAUAUUUGUGUGAAAUGUUGUCAUAAUUACCAUAGGAUAAAAUGACUAUAAAAAUAAGUAUUUUUAUUGUUUUUUUCUUAUAUUUUGUAAGAUUUUCUACGUCUUCCCUGAUGCCUUGACUCUCGAUGCUGCUGUAACAAGUGAGUUUCCCUGGCGUGGGAUUAAUUAAGUCUUAUCUUAUCUCAUCAUCUGUAUCUUUGACCGCCAAAAUCUAAAUCAGUUCAUUUUUGAAUCCAAGUGAACAUUGUGCUAAAUUUGAAGAAAGAGUUUCUUAAAAAAUUGUGUUCACUAGAAUGGGAUUAACAGAUGGACGGGCAACCCAAAAAUGUGGUGCCCCCGGUCACGGUCUUCAUCAGCGCAAAGGCAUAAUUUAAGAAGAUAAAGAGGCUGUCAGAGUUCAGAUGUUUCUAGUUUCAGCUCUCUGGAACAUUUUAAUAUUCUAGCAUCCAACCUAAUCCAUUAUCUAAACAAAGGUUCAAUAUUGAGCUUGGAAGUUGUAGUUUGACACAAAAAGAAAAAUCUCAGCACAUGGUGGACUUCCUGGAAAUGUUGCGGAGCUUUUAGAAUUCAUAUUGCCUCCAUCAGAGGAUGGAGUUUGCUCUGUAGCAAUGGAGAUGUUUUAGUUUUUGAUCUUGUGACAGUGACUGAUGAAGGCCAUGCGAUGUGGAGGAGAGCUCCACGAGGUUUCCGGGAUCAGAGGAGGUUUUGUCGUAGAAGCCUUACCGGAGACAAACAUCUCUUUCUCACAAGCUCCCACGUCUAUUGCCUGUGAAACACAAGAACAGUAGAAGAAAAUGCCUAACAGUUAAGGCCACAGUGAGAUGGUAAUCUAUCAAGGGAAAGACACAUCUGGUUCUGAUGCUCGUCUGGCCGGGGAGUAAGCCUUCUCAGAAAGUUUGAGCCUCACAGGGAGGAUCGACACUGGGCCGAUACAGGUGUGCUCGAGACACGAGAGACGCACCUCAGGUCAGUAAUGUAAAAUCAUUACCACAUUGAUUUUUACGACAGUCACCUAAAUGUCUUAAAGAGAAAGGAUACACACCAAAAGACAGCUUGCACUGAGUGUCGUGUGCACUAUUUCCCUGAGUCCCUGAAUCCAUACGGCACUGUCUUUACAUUAGAUAGAUUGUCAAGAUUGUUAUUGUCCAGAUUGUUACGUUGCACGGCCUCCGAACCAGAAAAAACGCUGAUAACAAUUUCCAGAAAAUACUUUAGACAAAUUGGACAGAUAACACUGUUACAAGGAGCAUCAGUGGGGGCAAACUCGGCCUGAUAAAGUCUGAGUGAGUGAAUAUGUAGAUUAAGGGAAAUGGUUCAAUAUCCAAUGGUGGUAACAAGGUUUUAUUUUACCUAACUUACCAAAGAGAACGAUAGUAAGGGUAAAACUUUAAAGGAGACAUAUUAUGCUUUUUCACUUUCUCCCUUUCCACUAGUGUGUUAUGUAGGAUUUUUGUGUAUGUAAACUCUACAAAUUUUAUAAUGCCGAAUGUUCGCAGUAAAGGGAGUUCCGACAGAAAACUUGCUCGUAAGAAAUCCAGCCUGUAUUUCAUUAAAUGGUGACAUCACCAUAUUACAGAAGUGGAUCAAGCAUGUCUACUGGCUGGUCUGGCCUCAACCCCGCCGCCGAACAAAUCCGGGUAAAGCAAGAGCGAGAGAACUUCCUACAUGCGCCGCUGGAAGCUGUUGACCAAUCACAACAGACUGGGCUUCACCGGCAGAGGGUCCUUAAAGAGACAGGGCCCAAAACCAAUCGUUUUCUGACGGAGGCUGAGAAGAGGAGCUGCAGGAAUGCACAGCAUGAGGAAAACUCGCGUGUUUACCGAGCAUUAGAGCAUGUAAACAUUUCCAUGUAAUAACCCAAGUCAAAAUGAUGUUCCUGAAUAUGAGCAUAAUUUUCCCCUUUAAUAUUUUAAUAGGACUAAUUAAAUGAUCGACAAUACCUGUAGACGUAUUAAUGGAUAAUGUGAUUGGGGGUGAAAAGUGAAAAGUAAGAGAUUAUGAAAGAAUGAUGAAUUGUUUUACCCAUAUAAAAAAAAAAAAACCCUGUUAACAUCCUGCCAGCCCUACUCUGUCCUGGUCUUCCUCCACCCCCUCUUCUACAAAGAAAGAGGAGGGGUUGGAGGACAGGGAUCAACUCAGCAGACUCUUGAUACUGUUUACACCGACACUCAGCAGCCAGUGCUGGAGAGGACUGGACAACCGGAGGAGCCGACUCAAGGUUCUGGAGCACAGAUCUGGAGCUUCUUUUUUCGGGGGGGACUUUGACACAAGUGACAGACAGGACCGCUGCUGUUGGAGAUGACUGCACUGUCACUGCAGGAACAGCAUCCCUCCACUUUGGGAUCUUUUCUGCGCCCCGAGAGCUUGACAGUUACUGGGGUCGUCUGAUCCAAGAGGCACAGACAUUGGAGAAUUUCUCCCUCAGUCAGGAGCAAGGAUGAAGACUCGUCUCCUCUGCUUGGAGUUGCUCCUCCUGACGGGUCAAGUCCUCGUGGCCAGUGGGCAGCUGGAGCCGAAGAAACAAGUCCCCCAGGACCCUCUCGCCGUCACCCAGCGGCUCGGGCUUGUCGAGCGGGAUGUGCAGAGUCCAGUCAGGCCCAACAUCACAAUGCCCCGUCGCCGGCUACCCCCCAUGUGCACCGGACCCACAGAGAUCCGAGACACCUUCAAGUACAUCAACACGGUGGUGUCCUGCUUGGUGUUUGUCAUCGGCAUCAUUGGAAAUUCCACGCUCCUGAGGAUCAUCUAUAAGAACAAGUGCAUGCGCAACGGGCCAAACAUCCUAAUCGCCAGCCUGGCGCUCGGGGACCUGCUGCACAUCAUCAUUGGCAUUCCCAUUAAUGUUUACAAGCUCCUGGCAGAAGACUGGCCGUUCGGCGUGACUCUGUGCAAGAUGGUGCCGUUCGUCCAGAAAGCGUCGGUGGGGAUCACAGUGCUGAGCCUCUGUGCUCUGAGUAUCGACAGGUAUCGCGCUGUGGCCUCGUGGAGCCGCAUCAAAGGGAUCGGCGUUCCAAAGUGGAUGGCGACCGAGAUAGCGCUCAUAUGGAUAUUAUCCAUCAUCCUGGCAGUGCCAGAGGCAAUAGCCUUUGACAUGAUCACCAUGGACUACAAAGGAGAGCACUUGAGGAUCUGCUUGCUGCACCCCAUGCAGAAAAGCGACUUAAUGAAGUUUUAUAAAUCGGCCAAGGACUGGUGGCUGUUCAGUGCAUAUUUCUGCCUCCCCUUGGCCUGCACGGCUAUCUUCUAUACCCUGAUGACCUGUGAGAUGCUGCGGAAAAAGAACGGAGUCCAGAUCGCGCUCAGUGAUCAUCUCAAACAGCGGAGAGAGGUGGCGAAGACAGUGUUCUGUCUGGUCCUGGUCUUCGCUCUCUGCUGGCUGCCUCUCCACCUCAGCCGUAUCCUGAAGCUGACCAUCUAUGAUGAGAAGGACCCAAACCGCUGUGAGCUGCUCAGUUUCUUUCUGGUGCUGGACUACAUCGGCAUCAACAUGGCAUCUGUCAACUCCUGCAUCAACCCCAUCGCCCUCUACAUGGUCAGCAAGCGCUUCAAGAACUGCUUCAGGUCCUGCCUGUGCUGCUGGUGCCUACCGGCCGAGAUGUUGCUGGAUGAGAAGCAGUCGUGCAUGAAGAUGAAGGUCACCGAACGGGCCUCCGACCAGAGCCACUCCCGCAUGACCAACAAAUCCACCACGGCAUGAGGAGAGAGCGAGGCCCAGAAAUUGAGGAGAAAAGAGGAGAUAUGACAGCAGAACAGACAACCAGAUAUUGAAGUGUAGCGAACUGACCGUGGAUACAUGCCCAGGUCCUGCCUCUGAAGUCUCCUUCGGCUCAUGACAGACAAGACAUUCACUUUGGAAAUCAGCCCCUUAUUUUAACCCCGAAACUCUGAACGUCAUCGUGGGGCGCGCUUGCACACUCUCCUAACGUCCAAGUAGGAAGGAAAAAAAAGAAGCACCUGUGCACUUCAAAAAGUUGUAUUCAUGGAUAACACGUGUGAGAAAAAAGCCAAAUAUUGAGGACUGAGCCGGGGAAAAGUUCAGCACAAGUGCUAUGUAUAAUCGGGGGUCGGGGGUCAAUUAGCGGAAACGAGUUCCUCGGGCUCACCGUCUGGAUCGUGAAUGUUACUUUGAUGCUAUGAAUCUUGUGAUAAAUUCACCGUUGCAUGGACUCUAUAUAAUUUGAGUGUGAUGCUGUCUUAUGUUUCAAUUCCACACUCGGACGACUAUUUUUUUUUGAUUCCUUUCAAAAUGUAUGUGUGUACCGAGAGGGGUUUUGCAUACUUUUAUCAUUUGUCACAUUAGUGCCUUUAAAUGUAUUGUCUCCAUUGUCAUUUUUCCCGCUAUAGUUACUGAACUACUGAUGUUGUGUGUUUUAGGCUGGGUGACCGGUCGGCCAUUUUUAUUAUACCGUUCAAUAUUGUGUUAUGUGUUUCAUAUGACUAUUUUCUCAACAAUAUCUUGAGCUGACCUGUACCUCAGCCAAAUGGCGAGAGGUACAGGUUUUUCUUUUUGCAACAAAUAAAAUUAUAAAUAUGAUAAAUACAAAA